AUGUCCACUCCAGCUGAAAUUAUCGCCGCUCGUGUUAAUCGUCAAGAUGAAGGCGACUACGACUAUGAAAAUGAGUUUGUCACCGAGUCAGCUGAAAAGUCAAGGAACUCGACCCCUUCGAUCUCCGACGAGUCUGCGUUCCCUGCAUUGGGCUUGAAGUCGUCUUCGAAUGGCCAUUCCCCAGCACCGUCGUCCUCGACAAAUGGUUCAAACUGGGGCCCCAAGAUGAAGUCUCCUUCGUCUGCGCCAGUCUCGAAAUCUGCCGUGAAGAAGAGUGCUGCAACCAAUAGUAGCAAUGGCUUCGCCAUCAAGUCCAAAAUAUACACGAUUCAAGAAGCAUUUUCGUUGGAUAUCGAAGAUCAAUUGAAUGUUGCGCGUCCCGAAUUUAUCAAGAUCUUGACCCAGGUGAUGCAAGAGACCAAGACCAAUAUUGAAUGCACCAACUCUCAGCAUACCAAAAAGAGAACUUUUUUAAUCACUGGUAGACCCAAUGAAGUCAAAUUGGCCAAGAGAUUGGUGAUUAAGAAGUUGACCAAGCCAGUCAAGAUUAAAUUUUCCAUCCCGGCUAAAUUGAGAUCCAGGGUCAUUGGCCAAGGAGGAAAGAACUUGAAGCCGAUCAUCCUGGCCAACGAGGUCAAGAUUGAAAUUGGCGACGAGGAAGAAGUCAAUGGAGGAGCAAAAGACGAAGCUGACUCGCAAGAAGAGGAAGAAGAUGACAUUUUCUCGAGAACAGUUCAGAUUACGAUUGAUGGAGAUGUCGAUGGAGCCAAGAAUGCUAAAAACCAAAUCUUGGCCAUUGUCAAGGAGGAGACCAAGAAUUUGUCCACCAAAGUUGCCCUUGAAGACAAGGUUAAGCCAUUUGCCGCUAGUGCGUUGAGUUCAAUCGUUGAGCGAUACUCCAGCUUGGAUUUUUCAAUCCCCGAUUACAAAUCGAGUAGGACCUCGAUUGUCAUUGUUGGUGAUCGUGAAAAUGUGUUGGAGGCAAAGUCGGAUGUUAAGGCAGCCUUGGAGAAAUUGGCCAGCAAGAUUGUCGUUGAAGAAGUGCCAAUUCCUAAAACAAAGCACCAGUUUUUGCCAGUUGACAAGGUGUUGCAAAACUCGUUUGUGUUGAUUCAGCUUCCAAAAGAAGGCGAACAAAACGUCAAGUUUGUUGGUGAAAAGAAGAAUAUCAAGGCUGCGCAGGAGGAGGCUAGAAAAGUCACUUCGCAAUACAAAGUGGAAGUUUUGGACAUGUCCAAGGCGCACAAGGGUAACUUGAGACACGUCAAGGCUGUCGCAGUGUUGUUGAACAAGACUGGCGCGUUUAAGCAGAUUGCCCAGGCAAAUGACGUUAUCAUCCACGUUCCCACGGCAAAAGAGUUGCAAGACGAAUCGGUUUGUUCCAUACCUAUUGAAAUUGUCUCAAAAGGCGAAGACGACAAGAUCAAGUUGGCAAGAAAGGCCAUUGUGAACCAAGUCAAUAAAAUUACUCCUGAGCAAACAAAAAUCAUUACCGAUAUCGAUCUUUUCUUUAUGAAUAGGGUUGAUGAGACUAUUAAAGAAGUGGCCAAAGCUGACAAGGUUAGCUAUGUUAUCUUGGGCAACUCCAUCACUCUUUUCUCGAGUCCCGAAAGUGGCGACGAUGGGGAAGCAGAUGACUUUGACGAUGUCGAAACCACCGAUUUCCAAGCAUUUGACAAAGUCGAUGCGGCGUUGAACGAGUUGAGAGAGUUGACUGGUAAGUUGACCUUGGAAACAAUUGAAGAUUUGUCACCAAAGGAAAUUUCCAUUGUAAGCGGGCCAAAGGGAACAACGUUGAAAUCCAUCUUGGCAGCAGUUGGGGAACCACACUCUGUGACCGUGAAGUUAUCCCACGAGGAGCCAGCCUCUAUCGUUAUCCAUGGUUUGAAAACUAGCGUUGCCCAUGUCAAGAAAGAUAUCGAGGCUGUUUUGGCCGAAGCUAAGGAAUACCCCGAAGGUUUCACCGCCACUGUUCAAGUCCCAGCACAAGUUGUUUCGAGAUUGAUUGGUAGAAACGGAGCCAGCUUGAACACCAUUAGAGAUGAAUUUGGCGUCAAGAUCGAUGUACCAGUCCUUAAAAAUGGUGGUGGUGCAGCCGGAGCCGGAGCCGACCAUUUGUACAAGAAGGACGAUAAUGAAAAAGUCGACAUCACCAUCAACGGUGUCAAGAAAAACGUUGAGGAGGCCAAGGCUUCCAUCGCGGCUUCCGCUAAGAAAUGGGCAGAUGAAACUUUGGCUAGAUUGAGAAUCGAACAUCAAUAUCACAGAAGAAUGAUUGGCUCGCAAGGUGUUUACAUCAAUAGAUUACAAGACAAGUACAAUGUCAAGAUCAGAUUCCCAUCGGCAGAUGCCUCGGCGGCACCAUCGACUUUUGCCGAUGCACCAAAGUCGAAAGAUGAAGUGACAAUCAAAGGUCCUUCAAAAGGAGUAGCAAAAGCAGAGGAAGAAUUGAAGGAGUUGUACCAGUUUGAGAAGGAGAAUGGGUUUAAGCAAGUUGUCCAAAUUCCAUCAAAGGCUAUAUCAAGAGUCAUUGGUAAGAAUGGUGGCACAAUCAAUGAUAUCGCUGAUGGAAGCGGAGUCGAGUACAAGUUCAAGAGAGAAAAGAGCGAAGAGGAAAAAACCGGUUUUGCUGAAGUUGAACUUACCGGUGCCAAGUCUGCUUUGAAAGAAGCUGUCGCCAAGAUUCAGGAUAUCAUUUCCGAUGUCGAGAAUUUCGUGGUUGAAACCAUUAAGGUUGACCCGCAAUAUCACCGUGACUUGGUUGGGCCCUAUGGAUCAGUGAUGAAGCUGAUUAUCCAUGAAGCCGGCGGUGACGAUUUGCCAAGGAAUAAGUACAACAGGUUGUUGGCUAUUCCAAACGAAGGUUCAGGAAGCGAUGAGAUUGUAUGUCAAGGUGACAAGUCUAUCGUGUCCAAGAUUGUUGCCCAAAUUGAGAAACUCGUUGAAGAGAAGAAGGCCACCGUGGUUGAAGAAGUUGAGCUCGCUAAGGAAAAACACCGUUUUGUCAUUGGUGCUGGCGGCUCCGUGCGUUCUGAAAUUGAGCGCGAGUGCAAAGUCAACCUCAGCAUCCCCAAGAGAGACGACCAAAGCAACUUGGUCAAAGUCAAGGGCUUGCCUGAGAAUAUUGAAAAGGCCAAAGCGAAGAUCAUUGAGUUAACAAAGGACAAGGAAGUCAAGAAUGGAGGCGCAAAAAAGGGGAAAGCUGCUAAGGAGCAAGAAGUAAAGGAGCAAGAAGUAAAGGAGGAAUAA